CUCAGCAUCAUCAUUACUCAAAUUUUUUUUUUUUUAACUUGCCGUACAUGGCAAUUUUGGUUUGCAUUUACCAUGAUACUUGAGUCAACCUAUUCAAUUCCUAUAGCAAGAGACAGAUGCUAAUAUGCCAAGUCUUCUCUCAAGUAAUUGAGUUUCUUUUGUCUUCUUUGCAUUUUCCUAUCUACUUCCUUUCUUUAUAUAAAGCAGCAUCGUCAAGUUACACCAUUGAUUUCAGAGAUAAUAUAUGAGAAUAUAUAAUCUAUUUCUCUGGCUGUUUUGAGCAUAAUUCCUAGCAGAGAAUUGAUUAAAAUUUAAGCAGGUUUCUUUCUUUUGUUUGAAGAAGAUCGAGAAGAUGUGCUUCAGAUUCAGUCCCACCGACGAAGAGCUUAUCGAAAUCCUGAACCAGAAAGUAUCUGGGAAUUCGGCCAUGACGCCUUUGAAUUUCAUUGUUGAAAGAAAUAUUUAUGAAUUCGAGCCGCAAGAUCUUCAAUGGACUCAAAGUUUGGGCUUAAACAAGAACGAAAAGUAUUACUAUUGUAGGAGGGAAAGCGACUCAAGAGAAGUGACAGGUAGAGGAUGGUGGAAGGCAACAAGUCAUGUGAAGACAAUUUCUAGUAAUGGACGAGUGGUGGGUUGCAAAAGACCCCUAACAUUUCACAAGUUUAGGGAUAACCAAACAAAGCGCAAAGAUGCAAUCAAAACUGACUGGAUUAUGCAUGAAUAUGGGCUUCAAUCCAUUCCAACGGAGUGGAGACUCUGUAAGAUUAUGUACAGAGGAAAAGAAAUGCUUGAAGAAGACAUGGAAAAUAUCAGAAACGACAAUCCAAUGAGUUCAGAAGCUGGAGUUAGCAGUAAUUCCAUAAAUCCCAUGCAGUUAGAGUACUUUGCUUUUGAGGAGCAGCAGCCAUUUCUGCCGCCAUUACCUGAAAACAAUGAUUAUGAAAAUUAUUUUUGGUCAUCCUCAUCAUUUGAUGAUCUGCAGCAGCAGCAGGGAUUGGCGCAGCCAUCCUCUUUAUUUGAUCCAAGUUCUUCGAUGCCAAUACUCACACCAAGCUAUGAUGACUUUGCCCAACAGGACAACCAGCAAUCAUUUGCGGACCUGUGGUCCGAGGAGAAUUGGCAUUGUGACCCCUCUGCUCCUUCAAGCAUGCUGUUCAACCACAAAUAAAAUGGUUUAAUGUUUCCUUUCCCCUAUGUAACGUAGUAAGGCUCCACUUGAGAGCCGGAUGAAAUGCUCUCACCACAUCCGAGGGUGCACUUUUGAUUGUAUCCAAAAAAAAAAAAAAAAAUCAGCUGAACUCUCAAAUGAAACCUAAAUUAAUAUAAUUUGAAGAGUCUAAUAUUAUGCAUUUAACUAAUUUGGGAUCUCAUACAAUGCAGGGUUGCAAUUAUUUUUUUUUUCCCAUUCUCUA